AUGGACCCCUCGAUGGACGACCCCAUGUCCGAAGAGGAAGAGGACGAGGACAUGGACCUUCCACCGGGCGAAAGCCGUAGCAGCGGCAGCGGCAGCGGCAGCGGCGGCGGCGGCGGCGGCAAGGGCGUGGUCGUGAAGGGGGUCGAGAUCGCCGAGGAGGACGUGUAUGCCUACGGCGACCCGGACGACCCGCUGGAUCGGGUGCUGGACGUCUACCUCGCGGACGAGUUGGAAGACCACCUGUACCUGCUGCAGUACCCGAUGCAGCCGGCGGAUCGCCCUUCGAGCACGCCCCUCGCAGUCAAGGUGAAAGCAGCGAACCACCUGCUGGAAGUGGAGCACCCUAUCAAGCAGGGAGGCAAGCACUACGACAAGAACGCCCCGGGGCAACUCCGGCGGGCCACUCAGAAGCACACGGGCAGCAGGGUGCGGCCGGCGACCAACUUCGCGUUCGGCGUGAUUCGGAGCGACGAGCUACACCUGACCCCGAUCCACGCCACCAUGCAGAUGCGUCCCUGCUUUCAGCACAUCGAUGAGGCCAAGGCUCAGGAGAUCGAGAUGGAUCUGGACGACCCCGAUAACGGCGGCACCAAGGAGGCGGAGAAGCCGCAGCAGGUGUCGUUCAAGAAGAAGGAGAGCGAGCGGGCCACCGCGGCGCGAAAGUCGUCGUACGCCUACAAGAAGUCCAUUGAGGACGCCGAGCCGUGGGUCGCCCUGGAGGUGCACGGCCAGAACGACGAUCGGUCCCUGGACGAAUUCUCCCGCAUGUUCGUCGACGACGACGCCAGCGCCAAUCGCGGGACGACCACCAAGGAAUUCCCCCCGUGCGAGCGUUACCUCCAGGGGCUGGAUUACAUGGAGGAGUACGACGAGAACGGGGAGUCUUUCUCCGCCGGGGGCAGGGGACGAUCUCUGGCCGAUAGCAUUGACCUGGUCACCGCCGGAACGGGCACGUACUCUCCCGUCAACCUUCCCGCGGCUCCCGCGCAUCAGCUGGGGGGGGAUGCCAAGGUUGUGGGGUACCUCAAGCUGGCUCACCUCGUGCCCUUCAGCAUGCUGCUGGACGUGACCAACAUGUCCCCGGACGCCGUGCUUCAGGCGCUGAGCGUGGAAGGGCGGCAGAAGGGGCUGCUGAUGCGAGGCAACUGGGCGGCUCUGCCGGCGGACGUUUGGCCGCGGGGCCCCCCGCAUGCCGCCGACUGCUUGUCGGUCGCGCAGUGUUUGCUUCACAGAUACGGAGCCGUGAGCCGACCGGACUUGCAGAGACGUUUCCCCGAACUCGAACCCGUAACGCUCAAGGAACUCCUCUUGCGCAUCGCCGAGCUCGACACAGUCGACAGAAGGUGGGUGCCCAAGGUUAAGGACGGACUGACGUUCGGCAUGGAGCACCCCGAGAUCGUCGAGCUCGAGGAGGAGAGAUGGACGCUGCACGAGUCCAUCCUGAAGGAACGGUUGGGCGACGACAUCCUCGCCCCGCCGUCGUGCCCAACGUUCGGCACCUUCGUCAAGGUCUUGGAAGCCGCGGCGCGCGCCGCGUCGGCGGCGUCGGCAUCAGCCGCCCGAGCGCCUAUGUCGCGCGCCGUGCCGUCGUUCGGCGUCCUGAGGCGGGGCGAGGUCGCCGCCAAGGAAGAGAUAACGGAGGAGGAGGAGGAGGAGACGGUUGCGCCGGCGAGAGGGGCGGAGCCCAAGGAAGAGAAGCCCAGCGUCAUCGAAGAGGCUGGUGCUGCGGCCGCCGCCAAGGGGAAGGCGAAGGCCGGGCCUGCAGCCGUGGGAGCAGCAGUAGUAGCAGGAGCAGCGGCGCGUGCUCCUGCCCCGAAGCGCCACUUCAAGCCGAAGAAGAGGCCGGCGAAGGCGGCCAGCGCCGUGAAGGAAACGGCGGUCAAGCAAGAGCACGAGGGGGAUGACGUGGCUGGCGGAGGCUCCGCCGCGGGUGUUAGUGGUGGUGGUGGUGUUGGUGGUGUCGAGGAGUCGAAAGGGACAGCAGCAGUAGAGGAAGGACGAAGUGAGGGUGGCUCGGAAGGGAGGAGGGGGACGGCCAGAUCAAGAAGAGACGCGGCUGCCGCUGCCCCCGCGGUCGACGGUGGCGACACGAAGGCCUCUGCCGGCGGCUCAAAGAGGCAAGGGGGUGGCAGGGGCGCGGCCGCAGGCGCCGUCGCGUUGCCCGCGGCCAAGGAGGAGCCACGAGAACAGAGCAGCGACGUCAGCCUCCCCGCGGAGGGCAAGGGGAAGGGGCCUGCUGCUUCUGGUUCCGGGGAUACCGCCAUGGGAGAGGGGGCGACGGCCGCAGAAGCAGCAGCAGGGGGCGAUGCCGAUGCUGCUGCUGCUGCGGCGGCGGCGGCGGAGGAAGAAGUGGAAUGGAGGACGGAGAACAAGGCUGCCGGCGGGAAGUCUAGAGGCCGCGGCGGUGGCGGCAGCAGCAAGCGGGAAGAGCCGGCGACUAGACCAAAGGUCAAGCCACGAUCAAACCGCUCGAAGUCUAAGGGGAAGUGAUGAAAUUGGCCGAUAGAUAGGACAAUAUAUGUUUUUGUAUCUCUGCGGGGUUGACAAGGCUGUGCCGCUUUCGAGUGGGCAGCACGCAUGGCCAUGCGUUGGAGCUAAUGCGUAGGGAGGGAACAGGUUGGACGAGGGAGCGAUAUCAGCUUGCGGGCGGAGAAAAGGGACGUGGUUUUGGUGGGUGCCGGGGUAAAGGUGCGUUGCGACUAUGGUAGCGAGCGGUUGCCGGGCGGAGAUGAUGCCGGGCGGAGAGAUUAUAUUCUUGCCGGUUGUUGGUGUGAAGCAUCGGUGUCUGGUACUUGGAAGUAUUUGGUUCUGGAAGAGCUUCUUCGGACGGGAAUAUACGCUCUCACCGCCCCCCGACGUAGCCACAGCUUCUCAUCCGUCCGAGCAGCCUCGUGAUAUGUUGGCAACCUGUGACUCUUUGUUGGUUUCUCCCCGGCGCCUAUGGCGGGGGUCGUGCUCAGCAACAAAUGACGCGAACAAGAAGCUUUAUCGCUGCGUGUACGAGUGCUCUUGUCUUGUAUAUAUACCUCCCACAACGUCGAGUGCGUGUGUGCGGGAAGACUACUACUACUGUAGGACUUUACCAAGCUUGAGGAUG